CUGUAACAAUUUUAAAUAAAUCUACUUUUAAUUUUGCGAGUCGUAUUUUGUAUAUGCGAGGUUAACUUCCAAAUAACUGCAUUGAUCCUUACAAGUCAUAUACAGUGUAUAUGUAAUGUUUUUAACUGUGAAACCAAGAAAUUGUCUACUAAUUUGUAAUGUAAACAGUUCGUGGAUGUAAAGUCUUUAGCAAUCACUUAUUGCAUUAUCGUUACAUAUUCAUUAAUUAAUUGAUACAUAAAUUUUGCGACGCAAUCAAGUAAAAGGAAAGUUUCAUGGCUACUUUAACGCGCAUGCGUUACAUUAAUGGUGGGGGGAUUCUUCGGGAGAAAAUAUUCCAGAUUUUCAAUCGAAGAAGCAUAUCUGCUCCUGGUUUAAAAAAAAAGACAAUGGGGAAGCUUACUCAAGAACAAAGAGAGAAUGACUUAAAACCAUUAUUAACAAAUGGUUGGUCUGUUCAAGAAAAUAGAGAUGCCAUAUACAAAGAAUUCCUAUUUAAAAAUUUUAAUGAGGCCUUUGGUUUUAUGUCCAGAGUAGCAUUACAAGCUGAAAAAAUGGAUCAUCAUCCUGAAUGGUUUAAUGUUUACAAUAAAGUAAAUAUCACUUUGUCUUCUCAUGAUGUGAAUGGUCUAUCACAAAGAGAUAUUAAACUUGCAACUUUCAUAGAUAAAGCUGCUAAAUCAGAUGAAAAGUAAAAUUUAAAUUAUGUAAUAACUGAAUGAGUUCUAAGUUGUUUCUUAAAAAUAAUAAUGUAUGUAAAAUCAGUAUGUUGUAAAAAUUAUAUUACCAAUGUAUUACAUGGUAAAUGUGAAUAUUGUACUUAUUCUGUUUUACACUGUUAUUAAAUAAAUAAAUCUUUUUUCAGUUA